UUUGAUAGAUUGGUUUUGCAGCAGAUGUGCCUUUCGGGUUUCUAUUUCUAUAAAAAGUUGUAGAAUAUCCUGUGUAGUCAAUCAGUCUUUGUAAAAAUGUGUAAAUGUUUAUAAAACAAACAUCCCCAGUCAAUACGUGAUCAUUAUUAUUAUUGUUUUCAUUCAUAUCAUAACCCUAAUUUUUCAAACUAGUUCCGAAAAUGUUUCGGUCUAAGCUUGUACAAUUUACAAAAACCAGUCAAGUAUUGAAGCGAAAUGUGGUGCAGCAGUUUGGUGCUGCUGUUACUCCACAAUGCCAGCAGAGAAGGCUAAAAAGUGAUUUAUACGAGCCGGAUUACCUAAUAAGCUUGGAACCAGAUGAGCCGGUGUAUGACUGCCUGAACUUGCAACUCAAAGGCUAUGACUUUGCCUUGCUAGAAUCCUGCCAAAGUCAAAUCCACAAAUAUGCUGAGAUCAUGGGAAUACAGGUUGAUGAAUGUUGGGCGACUCCAGCACAGAAACUGAAGGUGCAGAGAUACAAGCCAAGGGGCACUGCCAUCGACGCCGAGUACCACCUCAACAUGUAUGAACGAAAUGUACAGGUGGUAGAUGUGCCUGCGUGGGCGCUGGGCACGUUGCUUCGCGUGUCGCGCGCCAUCCUACCGGAGGGAUGCACGCUCAACGUGCACGAACACACGCCUGAACAUGAAGAGAUCCGGUACGUGCCAGACAACCAACUGCUGGGUCUGAAGCAGCAGCUGGAAGACAUGGGCGGGAGUCGCCCCGACAGGAAGAGGAGGAAAUAGAAGAAUGCAAUAUAAUAAACGUAUUGUUCUUCGAACACCGAAAGUGAAUAUCAUUACCGUAAAAGCGUAAACCCAAAAAUAUCCUAGAAUCUGUUUUAAGUUUACGCGGUUAUUAUCAUAAUUAAAAAACAAAAUGACGGGUUCUUACCGCGUUUAAAAUAGGGAUAGGGACUAUCGUCAUCAUGGCACUUGCAACAGUGUCGAAAUAUAGGGAGUCUCAUAUCCCUAUUUUAGACGCAGUAAGAACCCAUUAUUAUGUGUUUUAAUCCUAGAAUCUUUUGUCUUUAUGCAAAUAUCCAGUAAUGGGCUAUGGACCGCGCCAUGUUAGGCAUCCACCUGGUAGAUCAUAUACCAAACGUCGAAAUUCGGCAACGCACUAAAAUUGAAGAUGUUGAUAUACGAAUCGCUAGGCCUAAGUGGAGAUGGGCAGGACACUUGGCAAGACGGGAAGACAACAGAUGGACUAAGGCUGUUGCUGAAUGGUGGCCAAGGGAUGGUAUGCGAUAUCGAGGCAGACCACCAGACCGGUAGUCGGAUGACAUUGUGAGGUAUGUCGGAAAGCAAUGGAUGAGACUUGCACAGGACCGGAAAGGAUGGCGUGAAAGAGAGGAGGCCUAUACCCAGCAGUGGGUGGACACAGGCUCAGUAGAUAGAUAGAAAUAUCCAGUUAAAACUUAUGUAUGUCGCCAACUUACGUAAGUUCUAACUGGAUAUUUGCAAAAAGAUAAUAGAUUUUAGGAUAUGUUUGCAUUCACAGUAAUGAUAUUGACCACCGGUGUUCGAAUAUCCACACAAACAACACCCUGUACAAAAAUUAUUACAGAUCGUAAAUUCAAGCUACAAAAUAUUUCUGAUUAAACUCUCACACGCCGAUAUGUAUGUGUGCGGUGAAAGCAGGUUUCCACAGGAGCGAGAAAGAAUGCGGUGAUCUCUCCUAGCCGUUUUGAUGGAUAGGAAACAUCAUCUUCCUAGCGUCAUCCCGUAUUCAGGGUCCGCUUACCUAACCUGAAGAUUUGACAGGUCAGGGUUUGGAUCACAUCACUAAUUUAAGAGCCACGCUCUUGUCAGUGUAGCAUUCUCCAUUCUUGUCUAUCAAAGACCAAUUCCUUCACUUCCUUAUAAGACACGACGUUCGCCUUCUCUUUAAUCUGUUCCAUGUAAGCUCUUCUUGGUCUUCCCCUUCCUCUUUCUUUGGGUUUGCAUAGAAAAUCUAAAUUAUACAGCAAUAGUAUGUUUUUGUAUUAUAUCCCUGAUAUGAACAAUGUCAUCUUAAGUCUUCGAUUGACUGUAUGUCCUUAAAUAUAUUUAAGUAGGUAGAUACGUAGAUAUUGCAGUAUUUUGUAACUCAAACCGUUAAAAUCAUGCAAUAUUUACGUGACAAGUUUGUGUAGUUGUAGUAUUUUUACCUCACAUGUAAUUUGUUAUGUUAACAAAAAAUAAAAAAACGAUAGAUUGUU